AUGGCAAGUAGAUUCAAAGGCUCAAACACCGCAAAGUUUGUCAAGAACUCCGGAAAUGCGCGCUCCAGCAACAGUCAGCAUGCUACCAUCAAUUCCACAGCUCAGCAAGUAAUAGAAUCUCUGAAAAAGGAUGAGUUAGACACAAUGAUGGGAUUCGAUAGGUAUACCGCCCCGCAAUUUAGUGGAAAUAUGACAAGCUUACGAGAAACACCAGGUCGUAUCGGCUGGCUUGUCAAUAUGCAUCCUACAAUGGUAUCUGAGGAUUCUGUCACCUCUGGUGACUCUACCUUGACAGGAUCUGGUGUUUCAGGAGUCGAUUUCUAUUUCUUGGAUGAAGAAGGUGGCGGAUUCAAAAGCACAAUUACUUUUGAUCCCUACUUCUUAGUAGCGUGUCGAGACGAAUCCAGGCUUCAUGACGUCGAAGAGUUUCUGAAAAAGCAUUUGGAACAGUGCUUAAAGAAGGUCGAAGUGGUGAUAAAAAACGAUUUAGCCAUGGGCAGUCCACUCAGCGGGCUCGAUAAAUCUAUGCUGAAGCUAACAUUUUCCAAUACCAGUAACCUGUUUGAGGCACGCAGAGUUUUAAGACCAAUUAUUAUGGACAAUAAGAAUAAUCAAUUACAGAGGUCUAUGUACCACUCCAGUAAUGGCGUUUUAGAGGAUACAAAGAUGCUAAUAUCAGAUAUACGGGAGUAUGAUGUGCCAUUCCACGUAAGAGUCGCAAUAGAUAAUGACGUUCGAGUCGGUAAAUGGUAUAAGAUAACAUCCCGGGGUUUUCUAGAGAUAACUGAGAAAGUCGCUUUCGCAGAUCCAGUGGUAUUGGCGUUUGACAUCGAAACUACAAAAGCACCUCUCAAAUUUCCUAUUGCCACCGUUGAUCAGAUCAUGAUGAUUUCUUAUAUGAUUGACGGAGAAGGCUUUCUUAUUACCAACCGAGAAAUUAUUUCGGAGGAUAUUGAAGAUUUCGAAUAUUCACCAAAGCCAGAAUACCCCGGAUUCUUUACAAUCUUUAAUGAGGCAGAUGAACUCUCACUACUUGAGAGGUUUUUUGAGCAUAUCAGAGAUGUGAGACCCACUGUGAUCUCCACGUUCAAUGGUGACUUUUUUGAUUGGCCAUUUGUGGAGACUAGGGCUAAGAUCAAUGGUUUAGACAUGUUUGAAGAAAUUGGUUUUGCUGUUGACUCUGAAGGUGAAUACAAAUCAACAUAUUGUGCUCAUAUGGACUGUUUUAGAUGGGUUAAGCGUGACUCUUACCUACCUCAGGGUUCUCAAGGCCUGAAAGCCGUGACACAGGCCAAGCUAGGGUAUAAUCCUAUCGAGCUGGACCCAGAACUGAUGACUCCUUACGCUUACGAAAAACCACAGCUUUUGUCAGAAUACUCUGUUUCAGAUGCUGUUGCAACCUACUAUUUAUACAUGAAAUACGUGCAUCCCUUCAUUUUUUCGCUUUGCACUAUUAUUCCUCUGAAUCCAGAUGAAGUUCUUCGCAAAGGUACUGGUACUCUUUGUGAGAUGCUUUUGACAGUCCAAGCGUACAAAGGUGAUAUUCUGCUGCCGAACAAGCAUACCGACCCCAUCGAAAGGUUUUAUGAUGGUCACCUGCUUGAAUCUGAAACGUACGUGGGAGGCCACGUCGAAUCCUUAGAAGCUGGUGUUUUUCGAAGCGACAUCAAAAACGAUUUCAAAAUUGAUCCCACUGUCAUAAACGACCUAUUAGAUGAAUUACCGCAUGCAUUAAAGUUCUGCAUUGAGGUUGAAAAUAACUGCAAAGUUGAAGACGUUUCGAAUCUUGAUGAAGUUAAACAUGAGAUUGAAAAUCGCUUGAAAGAACUUAGAACCAACACCAAAAGGAACGAACUGCCGUUAAUCUAUCAUGUCGACGUCGCAUCUAUGUACCCGAACAUCAUGAUCACAAAUCGUUUACAGCCUGAUAGUGUUAAGAGCGAUCGUGAUUGUGCUAGCUGUGAUUUCAACAGACCCGAUAAAAGCUGUGAUAGAAGACUACAAUGGUCAUGGAGGGGUGAAUUUUUUCCAUCAAAGAUGGAUGAGUAUAAUAUGGUUAAAAGGGCUUUACAAAACGAAGUGUUUCCAAAUAAAAACAAGAAUUCUUUCAAGAAAUUCCUAUCGUUUGAUGAACUUAGUUACACCGAUCAGGUAAUCCACAUCAAAAAGAGAUUGACUGAAUACUCUAGAAAGGUAUAUCAUAAGGUAAAAACUUCGGAAGUUGUCGAAAGAACGGCCAUUAUUUGUCAACGUGAAAACCCAUUUUAUGUGAACACGGUCAGAUCUUUCAGGGACAGAAGAUACGAGUUUAAAGGAUUAGCAAAAACGUGGAAACAAAAGCAUUCUGGGAUAGAUCCUGAUGAUAGACAUGCUAGAGAUGAGGCCAAAAAAAUGACCAUCUUGUAUGACUCUCUGCAACUUGCGCACAAAGUCAUUUUAAACUCCUUCUACGGAUAUGUAAUGAGAAAGGGUUCAAGAUGGUAUUCAAUGGAAAUGGCUGGCAUCACUUGCUUGACUGGUGCCACAAUCAUUCAAAUGGCAAGAUCCGUAGUUGAGCGUAUUGGUCGACCUUUGGAACUGGAUACUGACGGUAUAUGGUGUAUCAUUCCAAGUUCGUUUCCAGAUAACUUCCAAUUUACGUUAAAGAAUGGAAAGAAGUUGUUUUUGUCAUAUCCGUGCUCCAUGUUGAACUACAAAGUCCACUUACGAUUCACGAACCAUCAAUAUCAAACUUUAGUUGAUCCUGUGAGGCACCGAUACGAAACCCAGAGCGAUAACUCCAUCUUUUUCGAGGUCGACGGACCCUAUAAAGCAAUGGUGCUGCCAACAUCCAAAGAAGAAGGUAAAGGAAUCAAGAAGCGGUACGCCGUAUUCAAUCAUGAUGGUUCUUUGGCCGAACUAAAAGGUUUUGAAUUGAAAAGAAGAGGAGAACUGCAAUUAAUCAAAAACUUCCAAAGCGACAUCUUCAAAGUGUUCUUAGAUGGCGACUCACUAGAGGGCUGCUAUGCUUCAGUUGCUACUGUUGCCAACAGAUGGCUUGACGUCUUGGAUUCCAAAGGUGUCAUGCUAGAGGAUGAAGACUUAAUCGAGCUCAUUUGCGAGAACAGAAGCAUGUCGAAAACCUUGAAAGAAUACGAGGGACAAAAAUCUACGUCCAUUACCACCGCUAAGAGACUGGGUGAAUUUCUUGGCGAAGAAAUGGUUAAAGACAAAGGUUUACAAUGUAAAUACAUCAUCAGCUCUCGCCCCGCCAAUACUCCAGUUACCGAACGUGCGAUUCCUGUUGCGAUAUUUUCCGCUGAUUUCAAUGUGAAGCGGUCGUUUUUGAGAAGGUGGCUUGUGGACUCAUCACUAGAGACUUUUGAUCCCAGGGUAAUUAUAGACUGGGCCUACUAUAGAGAAAGAUUAGCCUCAGUAAUCCAGAAAAUUAUCACUAUCCCUGCAGCAUUACAGAAUAUAAAAAACCCAGUUCCAAGAGUUGAGCAUCCUGACUGGCUUAAAAAAAAGAUCGCAGUCAGUGAGGACAAGUUUAAACAAACUUCAUUAAACACUUUCUUUAAAAAAGCCAAAGCCAAACCUCUGGUGGCAGAUAUAGAAGAUACGUUUCAUGAUGGAUCAGCUGCAGCAUUAAGCAAUAAAAUUGCUAGAGUGACAUCGAAGCGGAAUUCAAAACGAAAAAAGGCUGCCGCAGAAGAAGAGGAAAUGUCACUAGUACUUCCUUCGGUGAUACCCGCCAUGGAAGAAGAUUACGUCGCAUGGCUUUGCUAUCAGAAGAUAAAAUGGAGAAUUCAAGCACGCGACAGGCAGCGAAGAACCCAGUUGUUCGGCAGUCGUACAAGCACCAAUCAAAGAUCUGCUUUGGGAAACAUCAUGAGGAAACACGCUGAGUCUUAUGCAAAUUCUACCUGGGAUGUUUUGGAAUACAAAGAGACAUCGGAACCAGGAACGCUGGAUGUUUGUGUCCUUUUGAAUGGUAAAGUUCACCGGCUAAAAUUCAAAAUACCGAAAAGCUUGUACUUGAACUUUAAGUCGAAGACUGUGCCUGCUCGGGGAAUUGAAAACUGUAUAGUGGAAAAGUCUACAGCCAUCUUGCCAAAUCUAGGUAUGGCAAGAAGCGAAGACUCUAGCCCCUUGUUGAAACUGACCCUUUCCGAGGACACGUACCUUGAGGAAAUACAGAAAACAAAUAGUAUUUUGAAUGAUGAUCAAGUUUUGGGUAUCUAUGAAGCGUCUAUAACGUCUACCGAACGAGCUAUCAUGGACCUGGGAUCAGCAGUAGAAUUCAACUCAAGCACUAUUGGCGCUUUAGGCAAAGGCCUGCAAAAAGGAUUUGAGCUCAAAAAUCUCCAUGCGGCGUCUCCUGAACGUUACUUGGAUAGAUUCUCGCUGGAUGUGGGUUACUUACUGCAUUUAUCAACUAAUCUUGGGUACGAAUACUUUGUGCUUUAUAAAGCAUGGAAUUUUGAUAUCGAUGUUUUUGUCUUGAAGCCAUCCGCUAGUGCACAAGAAAUUAGUCUCCACGCUCUCCAGGGUAUUUUUAGAGAAUCGCGGUUACAAAAAUCUAAGAAACUAGACCAGUUCUAUGAUCUUAUCAAGUUUUCUGAAGAAAUUGAGGCAAGGAUGGAAUCAUUCAUAGACUUAAAAGCGCUUUACAGAAAGUUAUCUACAAGCAUCAAUCGGCUCAACGAAGAAAAAGGCUCUCAAGUCUUGAUGCUUCUCCAAUCACCCUAUACUCAAAAACUUAAACAGGCUAUCAAACCUCUGCGUCAAGUUCCUGUAGUUGAAAUUUCUUCUGCGGAGGUUAACCUUCCACAAUUGAAUUGGCAAAAUGCAAUAAUGAAAAAGAUAGUAAACCACAUCUUGUCUCUCGGAUCGUGGCUUAAGAAUCUGAUAUCUUUAUCGCGCUACAGUAAUAUACCGAUUUGCAACAUUAAACUCGAGAAGAUGGCAUUCGUUGUUGACAUACUUUACGCUAGAAAGUUGAGAAAGAAUAACAUAGUGCUAUGGUGGAACGAUGCUAAUCCAUUACCUGACCAUGGUGGUAUUGAAAAAGAUUUCAAUCCACUCGUGGCAUCCUUGAUGACCGAUUUAGACCUAUCGAUUAGCAAUACACCAGCUAUAUAUGAUGCUGUCACUUUGGAAAUAGAAAUGAGCAACCUUACUGUUAACACUGUUCUGACUUCUGCUGUUAUCAACGAAGCUGAGGGGAGCGAUCUCAUGGAAAUUGACUUUUCGAGUGCCGACGAUGGGAAUGGCGCAUCUAAUAAAGCUUUUGUAGAGGACAGUUUCUCGAGCGUGUCAUUGUCCGUAUUACGAGCGGUCCUCAAAUCAUUUUGGGACGAUGCUUUAAAUGAAAAUGUAACCGCAGACUCACUUGUACACACUUUCAUCCACUGGGUGCAAUCUCCAGACUCGAAGCUUUUUGAUUAUGCUUUGAAGUAUCAUGUCCACAACUUGACUAAAAAGGCUAUCCUACAACUCAUCAAUGUUUGCAAGAAUAUGGGGUCCGAAGUGGUUUAUGCAGACCGCGGAAAGCUGCUUUUGAAAACUAAGAAAAAUUCCGUCGAGAGUUGUUAUGCAUACAGCCAGUACUUGAUCAAAGCUAUCAGAACAUCGCCUUUGUUCGGUUUCUUAGAUCUGUCUAUUCGCAGAUACUGGGAUCUGCUGUUGUGGAUGGACUCCUUCAAUUUUGGAGGUAGAGCUUGCACCCAAAUUAUCGACCAUGAUCACCAGGACCUGCAAGCUUACUCCCAGUGGCACAUAAAAGCUUUUUUACCCAGAAUUUAUCAACAAGAAUUUGACGAUUGGAUGAUUAUCAUUUUGGAUAGUAUGAUCAAGGCCAAAGACGAUUACCUCGAAAGUAAUAAAGAAUCGCAAAGAUUGACCCAGUUGACCACUAAGAAGCACGAAACAGGUGAUAGCAGUGAGCCAACUGGGGCACUAACCGGUUUUACAGAUCGUUUUGGCGCAGCACUUAUCAAACGAAUUCAGAAGCUUUUACAAACCCAGCGGGAGUAUAUUUUGGAUCCCAGCUUCAGCUCAGAUUAUGCUUCGCCAGAACUCCCCGGAUCCCACUUAAAGGUUCGCAAUCCAUUACUUGAGCUCGUCAAAAGUUUGUGCCACAUCAUGUUGUUAUCCAAGGAACAGACCCUCGAGGUUCGUGCCCUCAGAAAAGACUUAUUGAAGAUAUUUGAAGUACGCGAGUUUGAUUGGGAGUCAGAGUUCAAAAAUCCUAGCUCUUCGCUCAAAGUGAGCAACCUAGCCUGCGAACACUGCGCCUUUGUCACCGAUAUUGAUUUUUGCAAAAUCGACGACGCUAUCCUCCUAAUGUGCGAGCAUUGUAAAAAACCUUUUAACCACCUUUUACUGCAAGAAUACUUAAUUCAGACCUUGCAAAUAGAGCUUCAGAAUUACUUCGUUCAAGAUCUCAACUGUGCCAAAUGUGGUAAAGUGAAAGAUGAUCUGAUGUCUUCCCACUGCCCCUGUUCUGGAAGUUGGAAAAACUCAAUCUCAGAAGAGGUGUUAAGCAAAAAAAUUACGGUGUACCAAAAAGUAGCUGGAUUCUUCAAGUUUGAUCUACUAGAAUCAAUGGUUAAUGAACUGAUAAGCACUUAA